GAUGCUGACGGUUCCUGUCUGUCUUGUGUGUUACAGAUGUGAUGGAGCAGCAGAAGGUGCUGCGCUCCAGCUGUUUGGUGAGUGGAGUCCACACCCCUCCCAUCCGGCGCCACAGCAAGCUGGCCACGCUGGGGCGUAUUUUUAGGCCGUGGAAAUGGAGGAAAAAGAAAAAUGAGAAGCUGAAGCAGAGCUCUACAGAUGUGGCCUUGGCAUGUGGACUUCACUCUCCAGACCCCAGCUCUCCCAUCCAGGGCAUCUCCGAUGCUGAGAUCCGGCUGCCUGGCUCUCAGGGGCCCAUUCUCAGCAUCAGCAGCAUGGAGUACCUCAGCUCAGAGCAAGACAAUCUCCCUACCAUGCGCUACUACAAAGGCGAGACAGAGCGCAUGACAAAGAGCUCACUCAGCGCGCGCCUGCCUGUUCAAAGAAACCACAACAAGCAGCACGAGUUCAUAUGCACCGAGCGCACUCUCACUUCAGAUCUCACUGAGCCGCUUCAGCGCGGGACAGACAGCAUGGUUCAACACAUUAUUCUCAUCUUUCUCCGCAGGAGACUCAGUCAGCGGCCGGCCGUUGAAGAGCUGGAGUGCAGAAAUAUUCUGAAACAGAGGAACGAUCAGACGGAGCAGGAGGAAAGACGAGAGAUCAAACAGAGACUGAACAGAAAGCUCAACCAGAGACCGACAGUCGAUGAACUAAGAGAAAGAAAGAUUCUGAUCCGCUUCAGUGACUACGUGGAGGUGGCCAAAGCCCAGGACUAUGACAGGAGAGCUGACAAACCCUGGACAAGACUGUCUGCAGCUGACAAGGCGGCCAUCCGUAAAGAGCUAAACGAGUUCAAAAGCACCGAGAUGGAGGUCCAUGUUUCGAGCAAACACCUAACGAGGUUUCACAGGCCCUAAGAGGGGGUUUUCUUCUGUGAAGAAAAUGCUGAAAGUGGCGUUAAAAUCCUGGAGGUGCCUCUUUCAGAGCCAUGGCUUCAUCCAUGGGAUUCCCUUAUUCUUCCAGCGCCCUAGGCCGAGUGGUGUUUGGGUGCGGUUAGCUCCACCGCAGGCGGCCACAGGAGAAACCUGAAGAACAUCUGCAGAUACAUUUAACCUGAGGCAGACAGAGUGGAGCGGCAGAGGACUGUUUGAUGUUUUUAGAACUGGACUGCAUUUCAGUGACUGCUAAGAAAAGACGAAUCAGUUCUGGGUAAAUGUUUGUGUACAUGUAACCAGCUCCACUCUGAAAAAACAAGUUAAAAAAAAAAACAACUUGAGGGUUAAUAAGCCUGCUAUAAAUUAAUUUCAUAUUUACUUUACAAUAGUCUGUUUGAACAGGGUUGUUCAUGUUAU